AGCUCUUCUCUGCUGUCCACCAUGACAAGCGCUUCCGAUAAUCCUGUGAACUCACUGGGUCUUGACUUUGACCAAAUCAAACUGCAGGAUAGCGUCGAAUCUUCUGAAACCUCCACCGCCCCCACCUCAGAAACACAACAAACUACAUCUGAUCAGAAUGCGGUUGCUAAGAAGAAGCCGUAUGUGAAUCCUGAGCGCGUGAAGACCGGCGGUAGCCAAAGGGAUAAGUUGACAGAGGAAGAAUUAUCUGAACGCAUGGCACGAAUGAGAGAACAGAAUGAGAAGAUUAAGCAGCGUCGAUUGGAUGUUCAGGCAGAUGAAGACGCCUUCAAGAAGACCCAAGACUUCGAACGCGCCAGAAUAGCUCAAAACCGUAGGGUGCAAGAAGGUGUAGAUCGUACACGGGAGCAAAAUGCGAAACGCAAGAUGGACAAGGUGCAAAUGAGAGAAUGGGAUUCUGGGAAACCAACACCUGCUAGCAAAGGAGCCCGUCCUCCGAUGGAAUCACGCAAGGCCGAGGAAACGCCAGAAGAACCCGAAUCCACCUCGCCAGCCACGCCUUUUGUCUCACGUACCGCUGAAUCUGGACAAUGGUCGCGUGGAGGUGUGUCCCGGGGGUCACCGCGAGGGGGAAGAGGCACAAGAGGUCGAGGUAGGGGUCAGCAGAGAGGCGGAGCGCCAAAUGGAACGACGACUUCAGACUCUCCAACUGCACCAGAACUGGGGAACGACAUCAAAGAAUUAACCCCGCGAACUUGAUUCACUUCCUGCAUUCUGUGUCCUUAAUUGGUUUUUGCACUCGCUGCCAUCUUGUACAAUAAUCUGAAUGCGACAGCUGUUCUAUGUUCGCCAGGGCAGUCUCCUGGCUGGCGAUGUUGGGCUGACCUCGUCUUGUCGUUUCUUUCGAGCUAUGGAAACUUUCUUGGCUCUGUCGGAUGACGCCACAGGCUUAGGCAGUCGGGAGGCUCUAUGAGGACUGAAUGCCGAAAUUGUUCGUUUCGCCGGAGGAGCAUUGUCUAGAGAGCAGGGGCCUCCGUCGGAAUUAGAGACAUCGAGAAUGCACCAGUCUUCGCUGUCGACCCCGUCUUCGUGUUCCUCCUCGAUUCGACCGAGAGGACCAAGAUGAUUAGAGCAUAGGCUGUGCUUCGAGAAAGACGGUACGACGUUGCAUGGAACGCCUAGGUCUUGCCGCGCGCCAGUGUGAUUGUUCUGAAUCUGCAGUCCAUCACGAGCUUGGAAUUAAGACAGAAAUUUGACCCACAGUCAUGGGCAUAUUCUCGGCUCUUUGUCCUCUUUUAGCUACCGGUUUUUUACGAUUAAUCGAGACGCUAGUGUUCUUGACGUUCUGAUCGAGCAGUGCAAGGACAGGCCGACCACGCGACUGGAACACAGUGCGUUUGAAAAGACGCUGGUUGGAGGAGAAUCCGGCGAUUUCUGUCUUGAAUGAUUC